ACCUUCAUUUCAGAGCAACAUGAGAACCACCUUUAUGCUGUUAUAUACCUGUUGGAGUGCAGGUGUGUGUGUCUCUGCCCAGUCGAACGUGCUGAACAGCAUUGUGGGAGAGACGGUCACGCUCCCAGCCGCAGUGAAGGACACCGGCUUCUUGCUGAAAGCUGGCAGUGGAAUAGCGACAGUGGUCAGUCACUCCUGCCAGAUCACCAACUACAGCUACAGUGCCCGGCUGCGGUGGGACCCCAGCUCUGGGCUCUUCUCCCUCAGGGGCCUGAGGACAGAGGACUCUGGGGACUACACAGUACAGGACAGCGGUGCCAACUUAAAAACCUUCCACCUGGAUGUGUGGGACCCAGUACCCAGACCUCAGGUGUCCAGCAGGAGCAGGGUGAAACCCAGCUGCAGUGUGCUGUGCUCUGUGGAGAAUGGGAGAGAGCUCACCCUGUCCUGGCACAGAGAGGGGCGGAUACUGUCCUACACCAGCAGCCCCAAUCUCAGCACCCCCCUGUCCCUCCCUCUGGAGAUAGAAGAGAACAGUGCCCCCUACAGCUGCGUGACUGCAAACCCUGUCAGCAAAAAGACUGUCAUAGGCAGACCGGAAGAGCACUGCUUUGAAUCUGUGUGGAAGCCUCAUAUAAAGACCUCAGCAGCACAAGGGGGCAGGAGCUGCUCACUGCAGUGCUCUGUGCAGAACGGAAGAGAGCUCACCCUGUCCUGGAGGACAGAGGGGGAGACACUGUCCCACACCAGAGACCCCAAUCUCAGCACCCUGUCCCUCACUCUGGAGAUAGAGGCGUCCAACUCCACCUACACCUGUGUGGCUACAAACCCCAUCAGUGAGGAGAGAACAGCCUUCCUCCCCACACAGGUCUGCGGGCAAGAGGGUCAUCGUUCCCAUGAUGCAGUGCUGUAUGUAAUGUUUGUGUUGAGGCUGGUGGAGUUUGUGUUGGUGACUCUGGCAGUGGUUGUGUUACUCCAUCUGUAUCAUAAAGUUCUCACUCAAAACAGCACUGUGAGAAGAGGCCAGAGAAGAUAUCAGGAGGCAGAUACAGCACUGUAGAUUCACACACACACACCCACACACACACACACACACACACACACACACACAUACCCACCCACCCUCACCCACACACACACACACACACACACACAGCCAUCCACACAUACUCACCCACACAUACCCAUCCACACACACUCACCCACACACACCCAUCCACACACACACACAUUCACACACACACACACACACACACACACACUCGUAUGCCAUCCAGAGUGAGGACCGUGUAAACUGACUUCAAACUGAGGACCCCGGAGCCGCGGUGGCAUAACUGGCUAAGAUGCAGCGGACUUGCAGUUGCAGUUUGAUUCGCGGUCCUGCCAAAACGCCAAGUUUGGCCGCCUCUUGUGGAGCGGCAUAAUCGGCUCGCUGCUCCAGAGGGAGGGGUUAGCAGAUCAUUGCUCACAACAGCACCCCGGGCGCCUCGGAAUCACAGUCACAAGCAAAAAAUUUUAACUACUAAAGUGAGGACUUUCUUGUCGCUGGGCAGAUGCUAAGGAGAUGCAGGUUUCCUGAUUGAACAAUGUUAUCCGGAUUUGGUAAUUUUUUGGUUCGUGCUGGUGGUGUUAGAUGAGUUAGGCGUGGUGUUGUUAGAUGAGUUAGGCGUGGUGUUGUUAGAUGAGUUAGGCAUGGUGUUGUUUAGAUGAGUUAGGCGUGGUGUUGUUUAGAUGAGUUAGGCGUGGUGUUGUUUAGAUGAGUUAGGCGUGGUGUUGUUUAGAUGAGUUAGGCGUGGUGUUGUUUAGAUGAGUUAGGUGUGGUGUUGUUUAGAUGAGUUAGGCGUGGUGUUGUUUAGA